GUGGAUUAAGCUGAGUGUGAGAACAAAAACAUUUAAAACAAGAAGUAAAGGCAUGUGUGCUUGAGCUUGUGGAGUAGAGCAAGAAGGUGAACAGGAAGGUUGUGGUAACUGGAAGACUCUCUCAUGAUGGCUUCCCAGCUGGUCUCCAUUCUCUUGAUCCUCCUUCCUGUUUCUAUUUGCUCUCCUCCUCCAUUUCAUGGCAUGGAAUCAGAAGCUAAUCGAUCAUCCAUCCGGUUCCUGGUAGUUGGUGACUGGGGUGGUUUGCCUAAUGCACCUUUUGUCACGCCUGUUGAGUGGGCUACAGCACGGGAAAUGGGCCGAACUGCUGAGCACCUUGGCGCUGAUUUUGUUUUAGCACUUGGAGAUAACUUUUAUUACAGAGGUGUGAAGAGUGUGGAUGAUCCUAGAUUUCAGGAGACUUUUGAGAAUGUCUACACUGCUAAAUCUCUAAAUAUUCCAUGGUAUGUUGUUGCUGGCAACCAUGACCAUGCAGGAAAUGUUCGUGCCCAGAUCCAGUACAGCAAAAUGUCCCAACGAUGGAAUUUCCCAUAUUAUUACUACGAACUGAACUUCAACAUCCCACACACUGCUGGCAUUCUGCAGGUGCUAAUGUUGGACACGGUGCUUCUUUGUGGAAACACUGAUGACUUCCAGGAUGGAAAGCCAAGUGGCCCAGCAAGCAGUGUGUUGGCUAACCGGCAACUACUGUGGCUGCAGGAACGUCUGCAGCGCUCCACAGCUGACUUCCUCCUUGUGGCUGGUCAUUAUCCUGUCUGGUCCGUGUCCAAACAUGGGCCCACUGACUGUCUGCUGAGAAGGCUUCACCCCUUGCUGGUGAAGUACAAAGUCACAGCUUACCUGUGUGGACAUGAUCACAACCUUCAGUACUUCAAGGAGUCCAGUGUUGGUUAUGUCGUGAGUGGUGCAGGAAACUUCAUUGACCCAGACAUGCGGCAUCGAAACUCUGUUCCUCGAGACACUCUGAAGUUCUUCACAGGAAAGUCCUCUACACUUGGUGGCUUUGCUCAUAUGGAGGUUACUGACAAAAAACUAAUUGUGACCUUCAUCCAAGCGAGAGGAACUUCACUAUUUCGUGCUGUGUUGCCUAAACGCAGUUUGUAACAAUGUUUUUAAAUAUUUUAGUGCAAGCUUGUAACUGAAACCAAUCUUGUAAUUUUACGUUUUUAAAGCUUUGACGGUGUUUUUGUUUGUAUUGUGUAUAAAAUUAAAUGUGUUGCUUUUAAAUGCAAUUAAAUGA